AUGGAGAUGCCUGAGUCUCGUAAGUGGAUGUACAAUAGAAUUGGCCCCAAUCGAGUUGGAAUUACUGAAGAGUUCUUGAAGGGGGUUGAAGAUUUCAUUGAAUUUGCUUGUCAAAGUAGUUCAGAUUUUCAAAAUACAGAAAAAAUAAGGUGUCCAUGUGUUAGGUGCAAAUGCACAAGAUAUCGUGGGUUGGAUGAUAUAAGGAUGCACUUAUACCAAAAAGGUUUUCAGCCUAGAUAUCACUGCUGGACCAGUCAUGGUGAAGAAAUGCCGAAUAUUCCCCAUAUGGCGACUGUUGAUGUGCAAGCAGAUGCUGCAAAUUAUUACUGGCAAAGCAGUGAUAACACUAAUUUCAAUCCGUACGAGCAGAUGGUAAUGGACACUGCUGGACCGUCAAUUAGGGAGGAGCUCUUACAAGAAAAAAAUUACAACCAACCGUUCGUGUCAGAACCACCUAAUCCUGAUGCGCAAAGUUUCUUUGAUAUGUUGUCGGCUGCCCAAGCUCCACUAUGGGAUGGAUGUGAGUCACACUCAGAGUUGUCAGCCACAAUGAGGUUGUUAAGCAUUAAAGCUGACUACAAUAUGCCGCAGGGUUGUUUCGAUGACGUCAUUCACCUUAUGAAAGAGACGAUGCCUGCAAAUAAUAGUAUGCCCGAAAAUUUCUAUCAAGCCAAGAAGUCUGUGUCUAAACUUGGACUUGGGUAUCAACGAAUCGAUUGUUGUACAGGCGGUUGUAUGAUAUACUAUAAGAACGACGCGAAUUUGACGCAAUGCAAAUUUUGCGGGGCAGACCGUUAUAAACCUCGGAGAACUGGACGUGAAAAUUUGAAGGAUAUUCCGGUUAAACGUAUGUGGUAUCUGCCACUAAUUCCCAGGCUUCAAAGGUUAUUUAGUUCAACAGUUACAGCAAAGGAGAUGAGGUGGCAUUAUGAGCAUCAAAGCGAGUCCGACCUCUUGUGUCAUCCAUCUGAUGGAGAAGCAUGGAAAUAUUUUGACAGAACAUUUGAAGAUUUCGCUUCAGACCCACGUAAUAUAAGAUUAGGCUUGUGUGCAGAUGGUUUCACUCCUUUCGGACAAUCUGGUAAGAACUACUCAUGUUGGCCUGUCAUUUUGACUCCUUAUAAUUUACCUCCUGGGAUGUGCAUGAAAAGAGAGUUUAUGUUUUUGACAAUAAUCAUUCCGGGUCCUCAUAAUCCAAAGAGCAGAAUCAAUGUUUAUCUUCAACCACUGAUAGACGAGCUCAAUCAAUUAUGGUGCGAAGGUGUCACAACAUACGAUGUGUUCAUGAAAGAAAAUUUUGUUAUGAGAGCUGCGUUGAUGUGGACUAUCAAUGAUUUUCCUGCCUAUGGUAUGCUGUCUGGAUGGAUGACACAGGGGAAGUUAGCAUGUCCUUACUGCAUGGAGUGUUCAAAGGCAUUUACCUUGAAAAAUGGUAGGAAAAAUUCAUGGUUUGAUUGUCAUAGACAGUUUUUGCCAACAACACAUGCGUUUCGACGGAAUAAGGACGCAUUUUUCAAGAAUCGAUUGGAGAAAUCACAACCUCCUCCACGUUUGUCUGGAGAAGAAGUGUUGGCACGAGUUUGGAACUUUCCAAAGAUUACUGAGACAGGUCCAUUAUCAUUCCCCGGAUAUGGCCAAGAACAUAAUUGGACAAAACGGAGCAUCUUUUGGGAUCUGCCUUACUGGCGCAACAAUAUCAUACGACAUAACCUGGAUGUCAUGCAUAUUGAGAAGAACGUGUUUGAUAAUAUUUUCAAUACGUGUAUGGAUGUUAAGGGGAAAACAAAGGAUAAUGUGAAGUCUCGGUUGGAUCUUUCACAUUAUUGUAAGCGCAGAGCUUUAGAGUUGGUGGAGUAUGACAACGGCAAAUCCUUCAAACCGAAAGCACAAUUUUGCCUCACCAUGGAGCAAAAGAGAGCUGUUUGUUCUUGGGUUUUCAAUUUGAAGUUGCCAGAUGGUUAUGCGUCAAACUUAGGCAGGUGCGUAGAUAUGAGGGAAGGAAAAUUGUUUGGAAUGAAAAGUCAUGACUGUCAUGUUUUCAUGCAGCGGCUACUUCCGAUUGCAUUUCGGGCAUUACCUGAGCCUAUUUGGGCUACAAUUACUGAGCUCAGUCACUUUUUUAAAGAUAUAUGUUCGACUACUUUGAGGGAGAAUCAAUUGAGCAUCAUGGAGGACAACAUUCCUGUGAUCCUUUGCAAAUUGGAGCGUGUAUUUCCUCCAUCAUUCUUUGACUCGAUGGAACAUCUCCUGACACAUCUACCAUUCGAAAUAAGGAUGGGUGGGCCAGUACAAUACAGAUGGAUGUAUCCCUUUGAAAGGUUCCUUCAUUUCCUGAAGAAGAAGGUUAAAAAUAAAGCUCGUGUGGAAGGAUCUAUUUGUGAAGCAUAUAUAGUCGAAGAGACAUCGUUAUUUGCUUCAUAUUAUUUUGAACCACAUGUGAGCUCUCGACGAACCAGAGUUCCUCGAAAUGAUGAUUGGGGUACAUUCAACAUGGAAAUCCCAAGAAUUUCAAUAUUCAAUCAACCUGGUCGUCUUGUUGGUGUUGCCGGUAAGCGCUACCUCACUGAUAGAGAAUACGAUGCUGCCACAUUAGCAUUAACACCUACACUGAAUGAUGAUGCUGUUGAUUAUCAAAUUGAGAUAGGUUUUGCAUCAUGGUUCAGACAAUACGUUCAUGAUCCACUCAAUAGGAUAACCGAUGAAACAGUACGAAAUGUAGCAUACGGACCGUUGAGAAGGGUUGAGUUGUGGCACACGUAUUAUGUCAAUGGAUAUAAAUUCGACACCGAUGCAUGGAGCGAAGGCAAGUCAACAAUCAAUAGUGGUGUAUGCAUACGGGGGACCGAUUACGGACAAUCAGAAAGUGACUACUACGGAAUACUAAAAGAAAUUGUACAAUUCGAAUUCCCAGGACUACCGAUAAAGAAGAUUGUUCUUUUCAAUUGUGAGUGGUUUAACCCAACUCCUAAUCGAGGUACAAGAAUCAAUAACAAGUAUGGGCUUGUUGAGGUUAAACGUAGGGGAAGGUACAAAAAGUAUGAUCCAUUUAUAAUAGCACAACAAGCAGAGCAAGUCUAUUUUGCUCCUUAUCCAGAAGGGAUACGUGAUCGAUGUGAGUGGUUGGCUGUGAUUAAGACAAAAGCAAGGAACACAAUUACCGCGCAAUCAACAAAGGUAGAUGAUGCAUUCCAAGAGAAUGAAGUUUUAGUUGAGCCAGUUAGAGUAGAUACUGAUCAGCAACUCGAUUCUCUAGUUGACAAUGAUGCUGAACUCGAGGAAGUAGUUGUAGAAAACUCCACAAGACAAUUAAUGGCCGAGGAAGAUAUUGAGGAUGAGGAUGAAGAAGAAUUUGAAUCGUAUGAUUCGGAGACAGAGGAAGAUCUCGAAGACUACGAUUAA